GGGUCACUCAUUCUGACAGCUCCCUAAGAAACUGAGCAUUCACAGGGAAGCACACUGUGCCUGAGUACCUUUGGACUUCUGUGUGUUCUUUAGAGACCUAACACAGACAUGCUCGCCCUUCGACUGCUGCUUUGGGCUUGCUUGGCGUGGGGGACUUUAGGCAGGACAGCCAAUCUCAGAAAAGGCAAUGACCGGAAUGGCAGAUGCCUCUAUACUUUCACUGUGGCCAGUCCCAAUGAGGCCAGCUGUCCAGGAUCUGGAGAAGCCAAUCCAGCCAUCCAGGACCUCCAGAGAGAUAGCAGUGCUCAGAGAUCAGAGUUAGAAGCUGCCAAAAUCCGGCUCGGUGUCCUGGAGACCCUCGUGAAGCAACUGGGAGGGGAUGAAAUUCCAAAUCUCAUGCCUCCAGCUGUCCAGGAGAUGCAAAGAGAACUGGAAAACCUGAGAAGGGAGAAAACCAGCCUGGAGUCUGACUACAACAGAUUUCUUCAGGAAAAAGCUUCCCUGGAGAAGGAGAAAAGGCAACUAGAGAAUGAGAAUAAAAACCUGGCCAGGAGGCUGGCAAGCAGCCGGCAGGAGAUGGAGAUGUUGAGACUGGGCCAGUGUCCUCAAGUCGGGAGAAAAGAAACAGCAGCUGACAUUCCUCAGGGUCCCAAGGAAGUUUCUAAAUGGGAUAUGCAUAAUUCAGACUACCAAGAACUGAAAUCUGAAUUAACUGAGGUUCCUGCUUCUCACAUCUUCAAAGAGAGUUCAACCAAUCAUUCCAGUAAUAAGGAAUUGGGCAAUGGAUGUGGAGAACUCGUCUGGGUGGGUGAACCUAUCACUCUGAGAAAAGCCGAGACAAUUGCUGGCAAGUACGGUGUCUGGAUGAGAGACCCUGAGCCUGUGUUCCCCUAUACUCGGGAGACCACCUGGAGAGUUGACACAGUGGGCACAGAUGUUCGUCAGGUCUUUCAGUAUGAGCAUAUCAGCCAGUUCACCCAGGGCUAUCCUUCCAAAAUUCACGUGCUGGCUAUUCCAAUGGAGAGCACAGGUGCCGUGGUUUACCGUGGAGCCCUCUAUUACCAGAAACAUACAUCUAGAACCGUGAUCAAGUAUGAACUGAAAACUGAAAGUGUGAAGGCUCAAAAGGAGAUUCCCAAUGCUGGUUAUCACGGACAGUUCCCUUAUUCUUGGGGCGGCUAUACAGACAUUGACUUGGCUGUGGAUGAAACGGGACUAUGGGUCAUCUACAGCACAGAAGCAGCCAAGGGAGCGAUCGUCCUUUCCAAAAUGAAUCCAGACACACUAGAACUCGAGCAAACCUGGGAGACCAACAUUCGAAAGCAAUCAGUGGCAAACUCAUUCAUAAUCUGUGGCACCCUAUACACUGUCAGCAGCUAUUCUACAGCUGACACCAUCAUCAACCUGGCUUAUGAUACCAGUUCCAGGAGCAGCAAGGCUCUGACCAUCCCAUUCAAGAACCAGUAUAAAUACAGCAGCAUGAUUGAUUACAAUCCUGCAGAGAAGAAGAUUUUCUCAUGGGAUAACUUCAACAUGGUGGAAUACGACAUAAGGCUUUCUCAGAUGUGAAACACAUCAGAACUAUCUCCUAGGAAAGAGAGGAAGAUGCUAUCCUCUAGAUUAACUAGGAACUCAAGGACAGGGGAGGAGGUAGAGCGGAAAGCAAGCCGUUCCAUGCGUAUCCUGGUUUUUUAUGCUUUUCCUGUUUUUAUAAACUCAGGAAAAAAUCGUCUUUUCAUAAUACUUGGCUCUGAAGUAGUAAAAUUUUUUUGAUAGGGGAAUGAAGGAAGAGAGGGAAAGAAGGGUAAGAAGGUGGAUAUAGUCUAAAGUGUUGAUUGAAUACACAAUAGGUUCUGCUUACAAGCCACAUUUUUAUAAAGAAUACCAAAUGGUUGAAGAACCAUACCUUUGGAGGGCUUCCUGAGAAAAGUCAUAGGGGAAGAAGCUGAUUGUUGACAAGUGGUUUAAGCUAUUCCACUGCACUGGGUGGUGGCUUUGUAAGUCCAUUAGCAUGGAUUCUUCCUUCAUGAAUGGAAUUAUAUCACUCUAUAUUUUCUCAUUCUGCUUGAUUUUCACUCAUGUUUUCUCAUAAAUUUAUCACCAAAGACCUGCCUGACUUGCUGAGGAGGGGUGGGAGUAUUCCACUAUGAUUUUAAUUUCUCGGGGUUUGUGACAGGAAGCCAGUGAUUCAGAAUGAAGAGAAGCAUCCUAGUGCCUAUGCUGGGCUUGCAUUCAGAGACGAUGUAUUCAUAAGAGUUAGUUCCUACUGUCUCACUUGUAUCCAUUUGAUGCCUUUUUGAAUAAACAUGUUGCAAAAUGUUCACAUUUAAA